AUGAUCGUUGAAAAGGCAAAAGAGCUUUUGGCUCUCACCAACAUCCAGCGACUGAACUAUACAAGAGAAAGCAGUAUGAGUUUGCCCAUGGUGACCCUUUGGGGGUCACUUAUUCUUGGCCUAUUGCUCACAGUAGACUACGGGUAUAUGAUAUAUUUGCACUACAAGAUGCCUCCAGGUCCAUUCCCACUUCCUUUGAUUGGAAACACACAUUUGCUUCCUGCCCAAAAGCCCUGGAUAUACUUUGAAAGCCUGGCAAAAGAAUACAAAUCUCCCAUGAUAACAUUCUGGACCGGUCGACGACCCACAAUCUGGAUAUGUGACGCAUGGGCAGCUAGUGAGCUCUUGGACAAACGAGCCGCAAUAUACGCCUCAAGGCCACGCAUGGUUGUUUUCAGCGAGCUUGGAGCCGGCCAGUCUAACAUGGUAAACAUGUAUUAUGGGGAUCGAUGGCGCUUGCACAGAAAGCUGACACAUAUGGGAGUCGGCCUGCAACAAGUUCGGAAUUACCGUGGCUUCCAGAAUGACGAGAGCAAGGUGGUGGCCCUUGAUCUUCUCCGCGAGCCUGAGGAUUACGUGAAGCAUUUCGAGCGCUAUGCGACGAGCGUAGUUUCUAUUAUUGGCUUCGGCAGACGUGUAGCUGCAUCGACAGAUCCAAUUAUCACAGAGGUGAUUGCAGUGAUGCAACGUGCAGCUGAGUUGAAUGUGCCUGGCAAGACGUUUCCCAUGCUGAUGGAAUCGUUUCCAUGUAAAGCUGAUAUGCAGCUAGUCCUUGCCAGGUUUCCAAACUGGAUGGCACCCUGGAAGCAUGGUCUAGGCCAAGGCCAGGGGCGCGGUCGACCCUUUUUCUACGCUCUGGCUGAAGAGGCUGCGACAAAUGAAAAUUCAGGGCAAUGCUAUGCGAAGAAACUAUUUGAUGAGGCGCCGAAACAUGGCCUAUCAAAAAUGGAAAUUUCCUCACUUUCAGGCAAUCUUUUCGGGGCAGGUAGCGACACUUCAAGCUCAACGCUUGUGACCUUUGUUCUAGCGUGCUGUGCCUUUCCAAAGGCAUUGACCAAGGCAAGAGAAGAGCUUGAUCGCGUAGUGGGACCACACCGGAGCCCAACAUUCCAGGACGAACCCGACUUGCCGUACGUGAAGGCGCUCAUGAAAGAAGUUUUGCGGUGGAGAUCGGUGGCCAUUAUUGGAGGACAGCCACACGCGCCGAUCAAGGACGAUCAUUAUAAGGGUUGGUUGAUCCCGCGAAAUACCUGGGUCCAGGGAAAUGUGUGGGCCAUUCAUCAUCAUGAACGAGAGUUUCCGGAUCCAGAUCGUUUCAACCCCGAUCGCUGGAUGAAAGGUAGCCCUGAUUCGCGCCCUUUCCCCGGUGAGAAGGGAUACAUGACGUUUGGCUGGGGACGGCGGGUCUGUAGUGGUCAGGGAUUGGCAGAACAGGGGACCUUCAUCACGGUCGCACGCCUGCUUUGGGGCUUUAAUAUCGAGAAAGCUCUCGACGAGCAAGGAAACGAAGUGGAUGUGGACAUCUUUGAUUUCACCAACGGUCUCAACAUGAGACCCAAUCCGUUCAAAUGCCGAAUCACACCUCGCAGUCCGGAAAUCCGUGUUACUAUUGACAGAGAAGGUCAACAAGCAUUACAAGAUUUAUCCGAAUAUGACGGUGAAACGAAGUAUCGUAUG